AUGCGAUCGAUCAAGAAUCAAAAAGGUCUAUGGAAACCCCACAAUGGAAAAUCGGUCGACAACCUCGUGGUCAUUCUCUACCGCCCAUCAGCGAGAACUACAACGUGGGAGCGUGAUGCGAGGCCCUCGAGCAUUACCCGUCGCGGUUGUCAGAUUGUUGUUGACACGCGCGUGGGCCGUGAAGCUCUUCUCCAGCUCAGCUCUCAGCUCCCAGCUCCCAGCUCCCAGCUCUCCGCGCGAGCACCUCAACGGCCGACUGGUGGGACUCGAGUGGCAGCAAAGAAGCGUCUUGCACCUGGAAGUGGACUCGUUCCAGAGUUCUAG